CGGUGAUCGGCGCGUGGAGCCCCGGAGGAGGCCGAUGUGGGGUCUGGAGGGGCAGGCGCGAACCCCGACCGCGAUGCGCGAGUCUUGUUGAUAUCUACUUUUAGGAGGACUGUUUUGCUUUCCUGCCACAGACUUCAAACUUGAGCUCUGCACACGAAAUCGCUUCCUUCCGGACACUGCAAUCGUCAGCUUCAGUUCCCAGCUCCCAGAGCUUCGCACAACCACACCCUCAGCAUACAAUUCGAAGAGUCGGCCAAGACCCUCGAACUCACACUACCACAACCACAAGUCUAUGCCCUCGCGAACCUCCGAACGCCUCUCAGCGCUCUCAGCCCACCUCUCCACAACAGCUUUAACGCCAACAAAUCGACCCACAAUGUCGACAGACAAGAAACCCCCAAUCACAUGUCACGUCCUCGACACCACAAUCGGGCGUCCCGGCGCAUCGAUACCUGUAUUCCUGACCCUCAUCAACCCCACCACUCCUAUCCCCGGCGGCCGAGAACCGCGAACGUUCUCAGGGACAACGAACAGCGACGGGCGAGUCACAUCUUGGAAACCUGCCUCGAUCUACGACGACGAGACACUGGAGGAGAAGUGGCAGCAUGAGAAAGGAGAUAAAGCUUAUAGCCUAACUUUCAACACUGAGGCUUAUUUUGGUCAGAGGGGGGUCAAGACUUUCUUUCCGGAGGUUACGGUGCGCUUUGUUGUUAGAGAGGAGCAGAAGGGGGAGCACUUCCAUGUGCCUGUGUUGCUGGGGCCUUUUGGAUACACGACGUAUAGGGGCUCGUAGGGGGCUAGAGCUGAUGCGGACGGGGGGUGAGGUCGUUGGAACAAGACGGAAAUAGAGGGAGCGAGCAUAUGAAUUUGCAGGUGACAAUCCAAAAUGAAAUAUCCUACCCC